CCAGAAUUUUCUAGUUCUUUAAGAUUAUAUGUUAGUGCCCAUGGGAAGCCUUCUUUGAAGAAAUGUUCCCAGUUGGUGAAUCUGAUUAUGACCCUGAUUCAACCAAAACAAGGCUUUGCAGGUGUGGAUGAUAAUGAGGCCUGAACCUUCAGGCUGGGAACUGAAGGCUGUUAAACAAUAUGCAGAAAAUGAUGUUUCCAUCACAAUGUGUUUCAGCUCUAAACAGAAUCGUUGUUGAUUUAGCAAACCUUAAAAACAUUGAGAACUUUCUCUCACACUCCUAAACCUCUGCAAAUCCCAGAAAUUAUGCCUUUAAACACUCAGAAACAUCCACAUACUCUUGGGGAAAUUUGACGAUGAUUAUUGGAUCUGAACACUGAGUUGUAUCUAUUUUAAAACAUGACUAAUUUGAUGAAUUUGUUGUCUCUCAAAAUAUUUUAUCAAGCAGAACAGACUCUGAUGCCGGGUGGGCCAUCUGCCCAAGAAAAGGCAUUCAGAUGGGGAACUUGGCUUCUAGAAGACUGUUGCUGCUGUAAUGAUACUAGCAGAAAGGAAGAAGGUUCAGAGAGUUGCCAGAGAAAGGCUGCACUGCCUGCUUUGCUGGUUGGUUUUGCCAUCUUGACUUCUGCAGCCCUUCUGGGUUAUCUUGUACCCUAUUUAUCCAAUCUUCACUGUACACGAGAAUACUGCAAUUGGCUUCAGAAAUCUGUCUCGUUGGAGUCUGGCCCUGCAGAUGACAUAAGACCAAAUACCGAAAAGCCUAAACAUCAAAGACUUCUUUCCCUGGACACAUUCAGAGGAUUUUCUCUUACCCUAAUGGUUUUUGUGAACUGUGGAGGCGGUGGUUACUGGUUUUUCGAGCAUGCUUCAUGGAAUGGACUGACAGUUGCAGAUCUGGUCAUGCCAUGGUUUGUUUUCAUCAUCGGCACAUCAGUAGCACUGGCUUUCUAUGCAAUGAUGAAAAGAGGAGUGAGUCGUAUCCAACUCUUUCGUAAACUGACUUGGAGGACCAUGAUCUUACUAGUGAUAGGGUUCUGCUUCCUUAACUACGGACCAGCAGAUGGUCCAUUAUCAUGGAGCUGGGCAAGAAUUCCAGGAGUUCUGCAGCGUCUUGGGUUUACUUACUUCAUUGUGGCAUCGAUGCAGACUUGCUUUAGUAUAAAGGAUAUUGAUGGAUAUCAGUUUGAUACCUGGUGGGCUUCAGUCAGAGAUAUUGUUCUCUACUGGCCAGAGUGGAUCAUUGUGGUGAUUCUGGAGCUUUUGUGGCUGUGCCUAACAUUUCUGCUGCCAGUGCCUGGAUGUCCUAGAGGUUACCUGGGCCCUGGGGGAAUAGGAGAUGAUGGAAAAUACCCUAACUGCACUGGCGGUGCAGCCGGGUACAUUGAUAAGUGGCUGCUUGGAGAAGACCACAUGUACCACCAUCCUACAUGUAAGGAGAUGUACAAAACGACUCAGCCCUUUGAUCCUGAAGGCACGUUGGGUACAAUUAACUCCAUUGUGUUGGCCUUUUUUGGACUUCAGGCAGGGAAGAUUAUCCUCAUGUACCGCCAGCAGCCACUGAGCAUUUUAAAGAGAUUUCUCAUCUGGGCUGUUUUGUUGGGGUUUAUCUCUGCCAUUCUAACCAAAUGUACACAAAAUGAAGGAUUCAUCCCCAUCAAUAAAAAUCUCUGGUCUCUAUCUUUUGUCACUACACUGAGCUGCUUUUCCUUUGUCUUGUUGGGAAUCAUGUUUUAUGUUAUUGAUGUGAAAAAAUGGUGGGGAGGCCAGCCUUUCAUUUUUCCAGGCAUGAAUUCAAUCCUCAUCUACGUUGCAAGCUCCCUGCUGGGGACUUAUUUCCCUUUCAGGUGGGAAAUGAAGUAUGCGACCUCUCACGCCGAACCACUCUUUCAGCAUCUGCUGGCCACUUCACUCUGGGUAUUAAUUGCCUAUCUGUUCUACAAGAAGAAGUUCUUUUUAAAAAUUUGACAGUGAGAUUCAAGAAUGUGUUUUUUCUCUUAACUCAUGUGAUCCAAACAAGAUCAUUUUCAUUCAGAAGAUGUCUCAAAAUUUUGCAUACUACACAUGACUUUGGGGGUGUCUACGGAUAAUGCCGGCUCCUUGGCUUAGAAAUGGAGAUAAGCAUCAACCUCCAGAGUCAGACACAGCUAGACUUAAUAUCAGAGAAAAACUUUUAAUUAAUUUUAAUUGCCUUUUAGCUUCAAAGCCUGGCUUCUCUCGUUAGGAGAUAAUGCUUCUGGAACAUGGCCAUACAGCCCAGAAUACUCACAGCAACCCAAUGAUUCUGGCCACAAAGGUCUUUGACAACAAACUUCCAUAUUUCUUAUAACAUCUAGUUUGGUCUCAAACAAUCAUAGAAACCAGCAAUAUUAUGAAGCAUUCUGCCAAAAUUGUUUCACAAUAGUACACACCAUUGGAAUUAUUUCAGGAGCAUUCCAUAGAUACAAAAUAUUAUAUUGGAACUAUUCCCAAAUAUUUGUUGACUGCCGAAAGCUAAGUAAAUGUCCAUUAUGAACAAAACAUAUUGUGUUGAAUCUUGACUUGUUUCACAUAUUUAUUCUAUAUGACUUUAUUUUCUUUAUUUUGUAUUCUUAUGUUGCUUAUUUAAGAAUACAAAAUGAAUACAUGAGUAACUUGGAUAAUUGGUUUGUGUUCCGUCUCCCAGGAGUUUGACUUGCAUUGUCCUAUAGUUGUAGGAAAUAGCACCCUUUUUUGUUUUUUGCAUUUCUUCCAGGGUUGUUACAGGCUCAGCAGCACCCUGAUAGUUAAUUAUUAACAGAGGUUUGCAACCAGCCUGCUAAGCCUUUGCUACUUUCGGCUUGCAAAGUAUCCUUUUGUUCUUGAGACUGCCCCUUUUUCCUGGGGAUGAAAUCUCCAUUUUGAGAAGCCUUUUUUGCCUUUUUACUGAAGAGAAAAACUCAGAUGUGCAUGUGUAGUCAAGCCAGGCCAGCUCAGACAAGCCAUCAUAAGUACUAACCUCUUGCCUUUAAAACCGGUUCUGAGUUCAGAUAGAGAAAGACCUGCUCUUUCUAAAAAUAGUAACUCAGCACUGGGGCAGAAAGUAUCCCAGGAUUCCCAUUGGAAGAAGCUCUAACCUCUUUGUCUCCAAACUAAUUUUGAGUUUAGAUAGGGAAAGACCAGCUCUUUCUGAUAUAGCAACUCAGGGUUAGGGUAAACAGCAUCCCAGGAUCUCUUCACCUUUGGAGGAAGUUAACCCAGCAGCUAAAAGGAAAAACAAAAAGGAACAUCUGCAUGAUUUUAUAAGUUGACUGUUUGUAUUUGUAACCUCAACACCUUGUGCCAAGCCUGUUAAGAACUUUCAGGAAGUAAAAGUUUUGUUUGAUGUUCGAUUUGGAGUGGCCUUAGUUGCUGGGACUCCUGAGUUUCAAAGUAAGGCCCCUGCAGUUCACCCAGCAAAGAAAAGAGCACAUCUUAAUUUAUCACAGGUGUCCGGGUGUGACGGCAUAGUUUGCUAUCUCCCCCAUUGCUUAUAGAUAUAUUUUGAAGCAAAAGACUGCCUAGAAGACUCAAUUUUUCACCCUCAAAAAUAAUGGAAAUUUGGAUGGUUGCCUCCCCUCCCAAUUUUACCAUAAAACUGCCGUACCUGGUGCAAGGAGUAUAAAUAGUAUUUUUGAUGGCCUUUUUUGGAAUGGGAAGAGGCCCAUAGAAAUAGCCAUGAGAAGCCUCAUUCAGCCUACUGGAUCCAGUUUGCCCACUCUGGCUAUAAGAAAAGUUGUACAAUAUUAGCAAAGCAAAGGCUCUUUCGGUAUAGAUUGCACUCUUAACCAGAAUAAGCAGGUGUUCAAGAUCAGCCUAUCUAAAUUUCAGAACAUUGUGCCAACUAUAUUUGAUAUAAUUUGGAGAUCUUGUAUUUCCUCAUAAACAUUCUGUUUGCUAGAAUUCAUAGCCCUGAAAAUAUAUGAAACCAUUGUGUCCAGCACUGUUCUUCAAAGUGCAGUUUUAUGCACCCUAUCCCUAUGGCAAUAUCCCACUAUACUGGUUUGAAAGUCAAAAAGUCAGGUGCCUGUUUCUCCCUAAAAUAAUUUCCCCUACUCAGUAGUGAUUAGUUUCCUAUACUUCAUGACCACUUUUUCUGCCAUCAUCUUUUCGCCAUGUUCUGUCUCUGCUUCUCAGUUAAUUAUUGGUCGUUUCACAAUUCUGCCUUCGUCCACAGGGUCUUACCAAGUCCUCGUACAGGACAAGGUUAUGCACUCUGUGGGAUUAAUUUAAUUUUGCAAUUGUCAUUCUAUAUUUAAACCAAAGUAAUGAGUCUCUUUGUUUUAACAUGGGAUCUCCAGGAUAUCAUACUAACGAAGACCACUGGGCAAUGGUAUGUCUUAAGUUUCAGAAUGUGGCCUGCCAAGUUAACUUUUGUAUUAGCAGACUAAAUUUCUCUAAUUUAGCAAUCUGUUUUAUGUCACCCUUACCAUAAUGCUACUGUUGUCUUUGAGUGGAAAUUAAUAGAAUUCACUAACAAAGACAUUCAUUUGCUUAUGCCAUUGCUUUCAAACUCUCUGGGGUAUUAGUCAUAUGAUUUUUUUUCUAUUCAGGAAUCCCAGUUCAUCUGCCAUGUAGCUAUGGUAUUUUGCAGAGAAUGCUAGAACAUGCUCUUGGAGAGAUGUUUAGACAACCCCUUUGAAUUUCUCACAGGCUAAUAAGAGGUUUUCUCUGUGGCUCCUUCUGCACUGCUAUAUAAAAUCCAGAUUAUCUGAUUUGAACUGAAUUAUAUGGCAGUGUAAACUCAUAUUAUCCAGUUCAAAGCAGACAAUGUGGAUUAUCUGGAUUAUGUGGUAGUGUAAAAGGGGUCUUAGUGAAAAAAGAGUGGUUCCUAGAAUGAGAAUUGUUAGAAGUUACUGUUUUGGAGUACAGCUCCCCAAAUAUUCUAACCAGCAUGACUUUUUCAAGUUGUUUCUUAAACAAACCAAUCUUUGCUACAUAUGAUAGAGGAAGAUUGGUAUAGUAUUGACAAGUAAAUUGUGCUUUAAGAAUCAGUAUCUAUUGUUACUUACCUUCUGCUUAGAGAACCCCAGUAAGGAAGGGUUCCCUGUUGUUACCUUUGGAAAACCUCCACCUUAUUGCCUGCAGAGAACAUAAAUAAUGAUUAUAUAAAUUCUCUCUCUCAUACUUUUAUCAUGAGAGAGAGAGAAGAACAUGAAGUCCUCAGAUGAUGCUGUGAUUAUUACUUUAAUCUUCCAUGGUACCACCUGCCAUAUGUUAUUUACUGGAGAAUGUCCUGGGAAAACAGCGUCUGCACUUACGAGGGCUGCCAUUUAGGUUUGGGUCAUGGAUGCAGCUGCAUUUGCAUUGUGUGUGUGCAGUCAAGCUGAAAACCACAGAAGAUGAAUCUUUAUGAUUGACCUGCCAAUUUGGCUGCUUGAGCAGGAUCCUAAGGAAAACCUCAUACGUCAAAAAUUAUGCUUCAAUUCAUGGAGGACUCCAUAUAGUUUUCUGAAUGAAUCUUUUGCCUUUUGUGUACAAAAUUUUACUCAAUUUGUGUUUGUUUUGUUUUUAACAUAAAAUCCCAGGGCUCAGUUCAGAUCCAGUUUUAACAGCUGCAGCAGUUUUCCAUUAGUAUUGUAAAACUCUAUGAAUGCAUACUGUCUACCCAGCCUAAAAGAGACAAGAGUUGAAAAUGUGACAAUUGGACCAUAUGUACUUGAGCAAAAGAGGCCAUCAGAUAUGUAAGAUGACAUUUAAUGAGAUGUCACCAAAGCUUUACUUACAUUAGGGAUGUGACGUUAUAGUCGGUAUCAGAAACCAAGCUUCUUAGAAUGCCUGUUGCUGGGAAAUGGAAGAGUGAGAAGCUCUUGCAUCCAUGUUUUUCUUGUGAGCUUCCCAUAAGCAUCUGGUUGGUCAUUGUAGUAGCAGAAUGCAGGAUUAGAUAAGAUUGAAAAUUGGGCAUGAAAAAAAUAUUUGUAAAAAUCUAAAAUAUUUUCUGUGCAUUGUGAGAUGGAGGGGUGAUAGUAUUUGGAUGUUGCAUGAAAACAAGUUCUGAGUUAUGUCAAGUUUCACCUUAGCCACUCCCCAAAUGCUUCUGAGAAUGCAAAACCAAAUUGACGAAGAGGUAUCUAUAUAUUGCAAAUGUAUAUUGAUUCUAUACUAGUUGUGGCUGUUUAUUGCUUCCCCUAUUAUAAUAUCCUGCCUCCAUCUCCCCGAAGGGACUCAGGGCAGCUUACAUGAGGACAUGCCCGAUCCAACAAAGAUUAAAACUAAAUACAGAUUAAAACAUAUCUCAAUAAAAUCAACAACAUUACAACAUGACAAUAACAUAAAAACAGCAUCAUCAACAGCCAAUACUCUGAGCAGUAAUGGGUACUGAA